GGCCAUAUUGUUCACGUGAUGCAAAUUGUAAUGGCUGCAGUUUUUCAGAUGUGUUUUUGUCGAAGCGUACUUGCAACAGAAAAAGAAUUUUUCGUCGUAUUACGAAAGCCAGAGCGCUCUAAAGACGGCGACGCGGUCCGAAUCGCGACACCAUCAUGGAUACUACCAUGGGGUGCAGAUAAUACAUCGAAAUACCGAUGAAGUGUACGAGGAAAUAUCGCGCUCAUUUCACACCUACUAUAACCUCACUUUCCAUCCGUUCGAAUGUUAUUGUUUAUAGUUUUGUAUUUUGAUUAUACUGGAUGAAUUUUAUUUGGCCCAAAUCACUAGAUAGUUAUGUAUGUUUAUUUGUAACAUGGGUGACGUUGUUGCUGUGAAUAAUGAAAACGGAAAAGAUGCGCCUUCGCCCUCCAAAGACAAGCUCUUCGAUCCCUCUGUGGAUAUGCUAGUGAAUGAUUUCGACGAUGAAAGAACACUCGAAGAGGAGGAAGCUCUUGCUGCUGGGGAAUCUGAAGACCCAAAUGCAGAGCUUUCCAGUCUGCAGAAAGAGAGUAACAUGCCUUUGGAGGAACUCUUAAAACUAUACGGGUAUCAUAAUGAAAAUCAGGAAAACGAAAGUCCUAUUGAGGAGGAGGAUGAGGUGGAUCCGGAACCGAUGGAAGAGCAGGAGAGCGAGCCGGAUCCACCUGAGCAACCUUCCGGCCUUCAUGUAUUAUAUGAACCUAUUACCGAUCACGAAGAUGCAUCACGACUGUUGCGAUCUGUCUCGCGAGUUAGCGAAGAAGAAGAGGAGGAUUAUGACUAUAGUCCCGACGAAGAAGAAUGGAGAAAGGUUAAUAAGACAAUUAUGGUGGGAAGCGAUUAUCAAGCGCAAAUACCGGAAGGACUAUGUCAUUAUGACGACGCGCUGCCUUAUGAGAAUGAGGAUAAAUUGUUAUGGAACCCAAACAUUUUGAACGGAUUAGUGAUCGAAAACUUCUUAAAGAAAGCAGCAGUUGUGAAUAAGUCCGUCAUACCUAUGGGAUCACAGCUUAGGGAUGACGAGCAAGCCUUGUUCUUGCUUCAGCAAUGUGGUCAUAAUGUAGAUGAAGCAAUACGGCGUAUUAGCAUUAACACUUUGCCGAACGCGGACGCGAUGAGUCUGUGGUCAGAGGAAGAAUGCCGGAACUUUGAGUCCGGUGUCCGGUCGUUUGGUAAGAACUUCCAUCAGAUCCAACAGAACAAGGUGCGCACAAGGUCCGUCGGUGAGUUGGUGCAGUUUUAUUACCUUUGGAAAAAGUCUGAGCGACACGACAUAUUCGCAAACAAGUCGCGACUCGAGAAAAAGAAGUACGCGUUACAUCCAGGCCUUACAGACUUUAUGGACAGGUUUUUGGAGGACCAGGAUGGCCGUGAUAGGAGUUCGUCGCCAAAUGUUCAAUUCAGUUCAGAUAAUGCCAUUGGGUUUAGUCGCUUACAACGGCGUCCCAUCACAAAUACAUUGAAUGUAAAACAAAAAUACUAUUCUUUCAUACGACAAACCAACAUCACUCGUUUGCCAAGUUUGCAAAUCUGAUGAAAUUUCGCAGCGAAUUCAAUUCUAUUUUUGUAAAAUGCCGAUUAUAUAAUCCGACGAGUUGUGUAAAUAACUUUCGACAUUUUCCUUUGUAUAUGUAAUGUAAAGUAAAUCUUAUUAUUUAUAGGUGAAGUAAAAAAAUAAUAAUUCUUGGCCGAAUUCAAUUUA